AUGCGGUCCAUACUUCCUCUUAUAACCCUGAGCGCGCUGCUCGCCCCAGUACAAUCUCUGUUCUUCUAUAUUGACGGCACAACACCGAAAUGUUUCUUCGAGGAGCUGCCCAAGGAUACCCUCGUCGUAGGCCACUACAGCGCAGAGGAAUACGAUGAGAACAUGAAGGCGUGGGUUAAGCAUGAUGGGCUCAGCAUCGCCAUUUCCGUCGAUGCCUCGCCAAACCAGGAAGUCUUCGACAACGACCACCGCGUAAUCAACCAAAAAGGCUCCUCAUCCGGCCGCUUCACCUUCACAGCCGCCGAUUCGGGUGACCACAAGAUCUGCUUCACGCCCUCGUCGACGUCCGGUGGACAGGGCUGGCUGUCGGCGCUGCACCCCAUGGGCGGCAUCAAGUUGACCCUGGAUCUGGCGAUUGGGGAGACGAGUGCGAUCGAGAGCACGGAUAAGGGAAAGAUCCAGGAUAUUGUGCAGAAGGUUAAGGAUUUGAAUGGGCGCUUGGCUGAUAUUAGACGCGAGCAGGUGUUCCAACGUGAACGAGAGGCUGAAUUCAGAGAUCAAUCUGAGUCGACGAAUGCAAGGGUUGUUAGAUGGACGCUGGUUCAGCUGGUAGUGCUGGGAAUUACCUGCGCGUGGCAGCUCUCUCACCUCAGGUCUUUCUUCAUCAAGCAAAAGUUGACUUAA